CAGGAUGGAGGGAGGUGGGCGGAGGGAGUAGGGAGCAGGAUAGAGAAAGUAUGCUGCAGCCUGGAACAAUCGCUUACACAUAGGGAGAUUACUAAGAGCUUUACUAGGAGAGGCACGAUAAAGAAUCUUCAGUAACACAGAGGUUUUGGACUGGGGAGGGAGCAGGAUACAUUGUCACUUUGCACACAAAUGUCCUACAAUGGACACCGUAUGGUUGCCUGCAGAGCACGUCACUGAAGAAGAGGGCUGCGUGUGCAUGGUGCGGAGUAUGCUAGGUUGCCCACUACUCUUUCAGCUGUACCGAGCCUCCAGGUAGCCAGUCCUUGCCUUGCAAACAGAGACUACUUGAAUUGGUGAGGUUUGGACUAAAAGCUGUAGAGUGUGGAAUUUUGUAGGAAGUUACUGACAACAAAGGGUUUCAGGAGGCUUGAACUUGUCUGUUAUUGUAUCAGUUAAGGGUAAUAGUGUGACUAUGUAACAGGUUGCUGGUAUUCACAGAACCCCAUGGGAGGUGAAGAGGAAUAAUAACUGAUGUGCGUGGUAGUCCCUAGGUGCCUGAGAAACAUCUGCUGCUGAGCCAGGUGACAUAAUCCCUAGGCCAGUGCCAUGCCUUUUUGGUACAGUGCCACCCGACGUUGAUUUACCUCUUUCUAAAGGCACUAGACAUGAGGGUGACUGGGGAUGACAUGGACGGCUUUGAGGGAGAAGCAUCUAGCACAUCUAUGGUAUCAGGGGCUAGUAGCCCAUACCAGCCCACCACUGAACCAGUGAUGCAAGGUCGGGGACUUCGGAGCAUACGCUGCGACUUGGCUUAUAUUCGCUCUCUCUUCGGGAUACUGAAAUGCAUUCAAGUGGUCCUGUCUCUCUUUGCAUUCAUCAGCAUUGAGACUAUCAUGGAGUGUUCGCCUUGUGAAGGCCUCUACUUUUUUGAGUUUGUCAGCUGCAGUGCAUUUGUGGUCACUGGGGUUCUUCUGUUCCUAUUCAGUUUUAGUCUGCACACCAGGAUCCCUCACAUUAACUGGAGCAUGACUGACCUGGGGAACACAAUUAUAAGUGCUUUGUUUUUCUUCAUUGCUUCUGUGAUUCUGGCUUCCUUGAACCACAAAUCUGGGGCAGAAAUUUCUGCAGCGGUAUUUGGCUUCCUAGCCACUCUUUCCUAUGCCAUUAAUGCUGCCUUGGCACUUAGAAAGUGGAAAGCUGGUAACAGAUCACAGAAUAUUCGUCAGACAAGUGAUUACAUUCGAGCCCGCAGUGAAUCCCGUGAUGUAGACUGCCGCCCUGAAAUGUAGCGCCUAGAGAGGACUCUGCACACAUAAAUCUCAAUUAAAUGGCCUCCUGCCCAACUGGUCUGGUUGUUUUUUAAGGGUCAGACAACCAGAAGAUUUAACCCUGGGCCGAAAGUUCAGUGGUUUAAAAGAGGAGCAUCCCUUCAUGAAUUGUUAUGACAUUUACUGGAUACACUUCAUGUUCUACAAAUGGAAGGUUCCAUGUUACAACUUCUCUGUGUGUCCCGCUUUGGGCAAUCCUAAAACAUUUUGUUAUAUAUUUGGGGACAAUUUCAUAAUCUAUAUUUGGGAACAAUUUCAUAAUAUCUAAGUAACGCAAGUUGAUUUUAACAUUCCCAAAAAUAUGUUAUGUGGAAGUUAUUUAUUGAUUGGUGCAAUUAUUAGCAACAAGGACAUUUUUGUAAGGAUUGUAGUUCUCUAUGGGUCCAGUAUGGGUUUAAAUCAGAGGAAAAGCUGCACUCUGAUUAUUUUAAAGGCAAUUAAAGAUACAAAAAAUGUUUGCUUUUAGGAAUGUUCACUUGCAGAGGGUUGCUGUGCGACAGUACCCAUGGUUGUGCAAGUUAUGUUGCCACGAGGGGCCACAACUUUUCUAUUGAGUUUCCUAUUGAGUUUGUGAUCAUAUCUGGAUUUGCCCUCAUUCGUGGGAAUUAGGAAUUGUCAAGGCCAUCUGUGUGCUAAUGCAGUCAAUAACAAAAGGAGAUGAUCCGCCAGAAAACUGUACCCUAUAAGUCAGUGAAUGUUAACAACUAGAGGCAUAGACUGUGUGUGGAGCAGAAUUGUACAGCGACUAGUGAUUAGCAAAUCUCUUUGCCAGGUUUUGCACACAAAAAAAGCCCAUAGACUUCAGUGGGUGCAAAAAAAAAAAGUUGUGCAGAAGUCGCUGUAAAGAAACACCCAUUGACUUUAAUGUGUUACUCAAAUUUGCGCCGUUUUGCAGAUAUUUCCAGGUAGCAAAACGGGACAGAUUCACUCAUCACUAACAGUGACCGUGUGCAAGUAUGACUUUGCAUACAUUCAUUUGUUUGGAAAUGUACUUAGAAUUAAGACUGGGAAUUAAGUUUUAUCACUAAUUUUACAACAUAAUAUUUUUAAUCAUUGUUGAAACUUUAUGUGAAAUGAAAAAGUGACACUAAUUUUAGUUAUGGUCUUUAAUUGUAAAUCCCUCUUUAAUUAGAAAGUAAUUUGCGUGCAAUCUAUUGGUAAGGGUAUUUGCAGCUAUAUUGCCUCUCCUGGCUGGGCGUGCUCCAUAGACAGCAAUUUUAGUGAUCGUAAAGCACAUGCUUUUGCUGUUGGGACUAUGCAUUGGCCAUGGAGGGUGAUAUACUAGGUAAGAGAAAGUAAAUAGUAAGGUAAAAAUCACUUUAACUUAAUUAUGCAGGGUUGUUGUUUUAAUUUAACCAUUUGAGAAAAUAACCCAUUUCAGAGCUGUGCGUUGUACAAUAUAAGGCAAUAAAACUGUUACAAUCUCCCUGAGGGGGGGCGAAACUGAA